AUGGCACUGAUGAAGAUUAAAUUUAACCAGAGGAAAAGAGUCAAGUUGGCUCAGGGGUUAUGGCUGUUGAAUUGGUGCUGUGUAUUAUCUGGCAUCGCCCUCUUCACCAUGGGAAUAUUUCUAAAAAUCGAGCUCAGGAAGAGGAGCGAGGUGAUGGAUAAUGCCGAAAGCCAUUUUGUGCCCAACUCUCUAAUAUUUAUGGGUGUGCUGGCCUGUUCCCUCAACGCUUUUGCUGGGAAAAUCUGCUACGAUUCCCUGGACCCUGCAAAAUUUGCAAGGUGGAAGCCUAUGCUGAAACCUUAUCUGAUUAUCUGUCUGCUGUUCAAUAUCUUCACCUUCUUCAUCGCUGUGAUGUGUUUGGUGACCAGGGGGUCCUUGGAGAGUACUCUGUCACAUGGAUUAAAGAAUGGAAUGAGGUACUACAAGGACACAGACACCCCAGGCAGAUGUUUCAUGAAGAAGACCAUCGACUUGCUCCAAAUUGAAUUCAAAUGCUGUGGGAACAAUGGAUUCCGGGAUUGGUUCGAGAUCCAGUGGGUCAGUAACCGAUACCUGGACUUCAGCUCAAAGGAGGUGAAAGACCGGAUUAAAAGUAAUGUGGAUGGAAAAUACUUGAUUGAUGGCGUCCCUUUCAGCUGCUGCAACCCCAAUUCUCCCAGGCCGUGCAUCCAGCACCAGAUGACCAAUAACUCCGCCCACUACAGCUACGACCACCAGACGGAGGAGCUCAACUUGUGGUCCCGGGGCUGCAGGGAGGCUCUUCUCACUUACUACACCAGCAUGAUGAGUUCUAUGGGGGCCCUUGUGCUCCUCGUCUGGAUCAUGGAGAUGGCCGUCAUGAUUGGGCUGAGGUAUCUGCAUACAUGUCUAGAGAGCAUAGAAAACCCCGAAGACCCCGAAUGUGAGAGCGAAGGUUGGGUGCUGGAGAAGAGCCUGAAAGAGACUUUUACAUCAUUCUGGAAAUCCCUGAAAAGUCUCGGUAAGCUGAACCAGGUGGAGAACACAGAAGGUGAUGGAGGAGGAGACAAGGGUGCAUCAGUCGCCACAGUAAGCUGA